GACUUUGCGCGUCCUCUUACGGUAACGUGCAGGCAGCACGGGUGAACGGGUGAAAUGUGCAUCGAGGUCAAUAUAACCUCAAAGCGCCUCAUUAUGCGUAUUCGAGCGAUAAUAGGCAGCAUUUUCUGAGCAUUUUGAGAACCGCAUUGAUGUUCCCGUUCCGUGUUUACCUAUUUAAAAAAGGGAUGGCUAUUACCAAUAUCCUGCUGCGACUGGACGUCGUGAGGCUCAGCGGAGUGAGACCUUUAUGCACAAAACCAACGUUCGGUCUGCUAUUCGACAUCGACGGUGUUAUUGUGCGCGGGAAGCAGGUGUUAUCACCGGUGAAAGAAUCUUUCAAACGGCUUCGGGAAGACAAUGGCAAAUUCCGCGUUCCCACUUUAUUUGUCACAAACAGUGGGAACUCGUUGCGCAGCCAAAAAGCGGCGGAUCUGUCAAAAUGGAUAGGCUGUGAAGUUACAGAGUCGCAAGUUGUUUUGGCGCAUUCACCAUUACAAAUGUUCGAUUACCUCCACGAUAAACAGGUCCUGAUUUCCGGUCAGGGUCCGAUCACGGAAAUAGCUCGAGAGCUGGGUUUCAAGAAGACAACGACGAUAGAAGAAUUGGUGAAAAACUAUCCGUGCUUGGACUAUGUGAACAUGAAGAAAAGAAAUCCGAUCUGUGGUCCAGUCAAUCCGGACUUUCCACGAAUCGAGGGUAUCGUGCUCCUGAGCGAGCCGAUUAUUUGGGAAACGUCGUUGCAGCUAAUGGUAGACCUGCUAAUUACCAACGGGAUGCCCACCGGGCUGCCCACUACUGUUCCUUAUCCGCACAUUCCAGUGUUGGCGUGCAAUAUGGAUUUACUAUGGGUGUCGGAGGCGCCAAUCCCGCGGUACGGGCACGGUGCUUUUCUGUUGUGUCUCGAAAACCUGUAUAAGAAGGUCACUGGCAAGGACAUGACAUAUGCUGCUCUAGUCGGAAAACCUAGUGAGAUUACAUAUUACCACGCGAAUCGUAUGCUUGUGAAUCACGCUAAAAGCAUAGGUAUUGAGAAUGUUGAUACAAUUUAUGCUAUCGGCGAUAACAUCAAUACCGACAUCUUUGGUGCAAAUUUGUACGACAAGUAUUUAUCUCGUUACGAAUCCGGAGAAGGCACAAAAUCUCGCAGCCUGGAGAAGCUUCUCGGACAGAACAUAACGAGUCCUCGCACCAAAGCUUGCAUUAGUAUUUUAGUCGAGACCGGAGUGCACCAGCCUGGUACUAAAUUCAUUCCCGAUCACAGUCCCAGAGAUUUCUUGCCGGUCGAGGAUAGUUUGUGCAAGCCGGCGUUUGUCGUAAAGGACGUCGGACAGGCGAUUAAUCUUGCGUUUAAGGAAGAGAAGUUCGAAUGAAGUUAGCGUGUAGUAGAUAUUUCUAGCCUUGAGGUGUUCACACUCGCUUGACAUCGUCAGGAGAUGGAUUGAAAGAAAGAAAUAUGUAAGUAUUAUAGCGAGCAAUUUUUAUUUAAAAAGAAAAAGCGUUAAUCAGCGUUAGAUAGUGUUUGAAAGACAAAGAUAACAACAGGAGAGGCUAUAAUACAUUACGGAAACAUAAUACUGAAUUUGUUAGGUUCCUUUGACAUUUAUAGGUUUUUUAUUCUUUUGACCUGAUCAUAUAUAUAUAUAUAUUAGUUUAGAUGUGUAAAUUAAUUCGGUGUCUGUAUCUUCUCCUGACUUGUAUUUUAAGUUCAAAAAUAUUUUCCUAUCUUAUAGUAGUUUUUAAAAAAAACUAUUUAUAUUUACAAAACUCCACAAUUUAAAUGUAUGAUAUAAACUUAAAACUCAGUUGUGUUCACGAUGUCUAAAUGCCAAGACACAUCAGAAAUGUGAGGACAUCAAAAAUUAUAGAAACUAAUAAAGAUUAUUUUUGAUAAUUAUCAUUAUAUCACGUAAUUCAUAAAUAAAGUUCGAAUUUUGACAGAAAAUACAUCGAAUUAAUUUACACAUUUAAUAUAUAUCAUUACAUCAUUUGACGAAAAGAAGUUUUUACGACUCAUUACUGUCGGUCAGGAAUAUCGCGAAAAAUCACGUGUGCAGAAUACGAACUAAUAUAUAAAUAUUGUAGAUAGAACAAGUAAAAAAAAAAUAUAUAUCGCCAUUACUACAUAUUGUACAUAAUUAUCAACGUAAUGAGCGUACAUCAAGAUUUUUUGUAUUACAUCAUGAGUUUUAGUACGCGUUUAGGCAUGAAGCGAAGCGAGUUUCAUUGUUCAAUUGAAGUUCGGUGGCCGAGGUGUUCUGCAUGCGCUCUAAAAAAAGGUUUUACGUGUAUGUAGAUCGUAGUUUGACGCGGAAAUUUUAGUAGACGCGACGUGCGCAUUUUACACGUUUGUAUAAACGCACGUGUAGACAAUUAAUACUGCAUGUAGCUGCACAGUAAACUAAUCGAGAUUCAUUUUAUGUACACCAAGUGCACUAUCUAUACUGUGUGCUCUGUCGAAAGACGUCUCGCUUAUGUUAGUCAAGAAACAAUGCAAGAUUAUAAAGUGCGAUGUAUCACUGCCUGCCGGGAAAGCAACGGCUUUUCUUUCUACGAAUUUUUCUCUGUUAGGCAUUAAUGUACUACAACGUACAUGGCGAUACACACGUACACAUGAUCGUGAAUAAAUAAAUAGGCAUAAUAAUGUUUUAAUUUAAUCAUUUUCAAAAUCGGCAAUUAAUAUAUUGGUAUAUGUGUCUUUAUGUAAAAGACUAUAUGAGAAUAAUACUUAUACACGUGUACACACUUACAGGAUAUCCAAGCUGAAGCAGAUCACCUAAAUAUCUUCCUUGUUUUUAAUGACACAAAACCGGCGCAAUACUAUGCCAAGAAUACUAUGGAAGAAAAAUUUGUUUGUCGGAUAAUUUUUUUCUUUCUUUUUUUAUUAAAAAAGCUUAUAUUUUUUCUAUCUUUUAGUAGUUUUAUCUUAUAUAAAUGAACAAAUACAUUCGAGUAUGUCUAAAGUAUGACCUUCAGAUGACCCUUAGAACAUGUCCAAUCCGCGGCUCGCGAUAGCUACUAGUGCGGCCCUACAAAAUCACUAAACUUUUAACGUUAUUAUGUGAUUUUAACAAUAUUUUUUUUGGACUCAAUUGUCGCGGUGCUCGAGCACGGACUGCGUAUUGUGUAUGCGGCCAAGAAAAGCCAAAAGGUUGGACACGCCUGCUUUAGAUGAUCAAAAUCAAAGAUUACGUGAUGAAAAUGCUGCGUAUCUCUCACUAUUUAGUGUUUUAUUAAUAAAAUAAGAUUGAAUUAUUUUAUUUAAAAUUCCGCACCAUUUAAAUGGAGGGAAGAUAUUUAAGUGGUGCACUUCAGUUUGAACACCCAGUAUAUGUAUACUUUAUAUAUAUGUAUACGCAAGAUAGUCAGAUCUAGUCUUGAGAUACAGCUUGCUCGAAUGUAAUUUAUAUAAAAAAAUUUUAUCGAUUUUGAUACACGCAAAAGAUCAAAAUUAAAA